GAACGGCUCGCGCGAGAAUCGGACAUCGCUGGAGCAGAACAGACUAGAGAGGUAAAGCGGAAAAAAGGAGGAGAACGGGAGAGGGUGCUGACAUCUGAGGUACAGGAACGUCAUCUGAAUGUGACAAGCACCUCUACCUGCACAGAUACAGAAUAGAUUUCUUGGGUGCUUCUAUGGUGAUAUAAACAGCUGGUGCUGAUUGGCCAAAACCUUGAUGAUGCGCUGAUUCUACACCAUGGCCCAGGAGGCUCUGUGGAAAUACCCACAAUCCUCAGCUCCCUGAUUUACAUUGGCAGUGUCUCCGGCUCAACAAGAAAACCUGUACAAGCCAUGAUGUCAGUCUGCGUGCCCUCACCAUGUAACCCCUCCCCCUCUGUGGAUGUAGCCAAUCGCAACGGGCCCUCAGCAACUCCGCCCACUUCCCUCAGCCUGCGUUCCUCACACAAUCAACUGCUUAGCGGUGAUGUCAUCAAACAGGGCCAGGCCACGCCCCCAAAGUGCAGGAAGAAGUACGCUCUCACGAGCAUUCAGAGUGCGAUGGGACUGGGCGAAGGCGUGACACCCCCCUCAUCAUCUUCAGCAACAACUGCCAACCCUAAACUGGCCAAAAAUGGUGCAAAUCAGUUGCGUAAAGCUGCAGAGCGACACGACCACAACAAGAACACCACCGAAGAAGACGAAGAUGGAAACACAGCCGGCGAACCCGAGCUCGACAUCGACGACGAGCUGAGGAAUGUUGAGGAAUUGAGCCUCGACAGCGAGUCUAACGGUGACGACGUUCACAGUGACUUUGACCCGAACAACGAGCUUGUCGACGAGGAAGUAAACGAGUUAAUCGACGAUGACACUAAUGAGGAGGAUCUUGUGGAGAAUUGCGACGACCUGCUCAUUCUGUCCGAGAAAACGGAGAUAGUGUCAGACAGGAAGUCACCCGAGCACCUUAAGACCAAGAGUUACCUGGAGUCGUGCCUGGAUGAGCUGUCGUAUGAACUGUCUGAUGCACAGGAUGAUGAUGUCACUAAGCCUCUGCUGGAGAAAGAGAAGAAUCCCCGUCCCUCGUCUCCAAGUAAACCGCACAGCCCUGAGGACACGCCCCUGCUGUCUGUCGGCUCUUCGUCUUCCUCUUCCUCACCAGAGACCAAAAAGGACAGACCACGGACGGGAGCCAAGACAGACCGGGCGCUGAACCGCAUCCAGAACCUUCCACACAGUGAUGAAGAGUCCAGCUGGACCACGUUGUCACAGGACAGUGCAUCACUGGGCUCACCAGAAGAGAGCGAUAUCUGGGGGGAGCAGUCGUUUCAGACAGACCCUGAUUUGCCUCCAGGAUGGAAGAUGAUGACAGACAUGGCUGGUAUUUAUUACUGGCACAUUCCAACGGGCACCACACAGUGGGAGAGACCCGCCCCAUGCCAUCCGGUGCCAACUGGACCCAGCCAUGCCAGCCGCAAACAAUCCCUGGGCUCCCUGUCUCCCUCACCCACUCCAGAUCACGAGUCAUUGUCUCACGCCGACAUAUUUUUCGGAGCUUCGAGUCGUUCAGGAAGCACCACGUCCGACAGCUCGUGUGACCCCGGCCCCAUCCCGUCUUCUUCAUGCCUGGACCCUACCCCUAUCCUGUCCUCAAACUCUUCCUCGUCCUCUGACGGCAAUGUUCCUUCCUGUGGAUUUGUCAACAGCUGCUACUUUCCUCGAUCCUCAUCCCUACAGAUAAUGCCAGGGAAGGAUAGACACUCUGAAGCACGGCAUCGGGAAGAGGACAAGAAACAGCCAUGGAGUGAUUUUGCUGUGGGAAAGAUUGAUAGUGAGAUCUGGAAGGAUCUACAGGCAGCCACAGUGAACCCUGACCCCAGUCUGAAAGAGUUUGAAGGCGCAACUCUCCGCUACGCCUCCCUCAAGCUGCGAAACCCUGCCCCCGUGGAAGAGGAAGAUUCCAGCAGCAUUAACAGUGACCCUGAAGCCAAGUGUUUUGCUGUGCGCUCUCUUGGCUGGGUAGAGAUGGCUGAAGAGGACUUGGCCCCCGGUAAAAGCAGCGUCGCUGUUAACAACUGCAUCCGUCAACUGUCUUACUGCAAGAAUGACAUACGAGACACCGUUGGCAUUUGGGGAGAGGGGAAGGAUAUGUACCUCAUUCUGGAGAAUAACAUGCUGAAUCUGGUCGACCCAAUGGAUCGUAGCGUCCUACACUCUCAGCCAAUCGCAAGCAUCCGCGUGUGGGGCGUCGGCCGCGAUAAUGGAAGAGAGAGGGAUUUUGCAUAUGUAGCGCGAGAUAAGGACACCCGGAUAUUAAAAUGUCAUGUGUUCCGCUGUGACACCCCUGCCAAAGCCAUCGCGACAAGUCUGCACGAAAUCUGCUCCAGGAUCAUGGCAGAGCGCAAGAAUGCCAAAGCUAUGGCUGGAGGAUCCUUACAGGACAGAACACAUGCUGGGCUCGACGUCCCUCUACAAGCAGAGUUCCCCACACCAAAGACUGAACUGGUGCAGAAAUUCCAAGUGUUAUAUGUCGGCAUGAUGCCCGUUGCCAGACCUAUAGGCAUGGACAUCCUCAACGGUGCAAUAGAUAGUUUGAUAACAUCAUCAAAUCGAGAUGACUGGGUCCCUGUGAUGCUGAAUGUAGCCGAUGCAACAGUCACAGUCAUCAAAGAAAAGGAGGAAGAGGAGGUCCUGGUGGAGUGUCGUGUGCGCUUCCUGUCGUUUAUGGGAGUUGGGAAAGAUGUGCAUUCAUUCGCAUUCAUCAUGGACUCUGGGAACCAGCACUUUGAGUGUCAUGUGUUUUGGUGUGAUCCUAAUGCUGGCAGCGUGUCAGAGGCUGUUCAGGCAGCAUGCAUGUUGAGGUAUCAGAAGUGUCUGGUGGCACGCCCUCCAUCUCAGAAAGCCUGCUCACAAGCACCCCCUGCUGAUUCGGUCACCCGCCGCGUCUCCACCAGCGUCAAACGCGGAGUUCUUUCCCUCAUCGACACGCUCAAACAGAAGAGACCAGUCACUGAGCUCCCCCAGUGAUCUGACACACAAGCACGCAUUCUCACCGUCACGCUCUGCAUGCCAAUAGCUAUCAGAAUGUCCUGUACAUAUCUGUCCAGUCACUCGAUGGAGACGAAGCAAAGCUCGAGGAAAUUCUGAAACAAAGUAAUUAUCAAAUGAGCUGAUGCCAAGAAGUACACCCUUUACUCGCACACUCACGAACACGCACUUACUCCAGUAUCUACAAGCCUCUCUCUUCCGUCUCCCAUAUGUCGGUCAUGCGUAUAUCUGUUGGGACUGUACCCAACAGGCUUCGCCCAUCUGUAACACCACCCUAUCCGGACAAAGCCUGCUCUAAAGAGAUCGUUUGAAGAAAGCUUGUGUAGUGCGGCUGCUUCGAUCGAUCGAGCUUCUUCAUAUCGUCACAGUUCAUCGCUGUCGCAUGACCGUAUGUGUGUUUAGAGGAGCUUGGUGCUGCUUUAUUUGCUAACGGAUAAAAGCUAUUUCUGUUGCAUUCUUUACUAUCCUGAUAAACACAAAAUAAGAAGAAUGAGAGGAACUGUGCAUCGUGUUCCAUUCAGUGUCGGAUGAAGGAUGUUAUUACUUGAUAUCUUCUGAUCAAGGUGCUCCAAUGUUCAGUGCUCAAAAUUUUAGUCCGCUGUUGAUUGGCUGCAGUGAAGCGACGUAUGAAGCACAACUCGUGUAUAAGUUGCUUCCAAACUAAGCAUAUCUCUAUCGGCCACCGCAGUAAAUUCGCAUGAUUAAUUGAGAAAUCGUUCGCCCUCGAGUGAAAUUACCAAUGAAAUGGAUUCCUAUUAAAACAUUGGUAAAUGUGACCGUACCUUUUGGCGAAGAAACAACCCUACGUUACAUUAGCAUUGCAUACAUGUCUACAAUGAAGUCUUGCAACCAAAUUGCGGAGAAAAAAACGCCACUGCACAAAGUUCGAGUUCAAGUGCACUUUUCCAAGUGGGAAGAUGGAAAUCCCAACUCUUUCAGCUGAGUGAAACGUGUUUAACGUUGAAAUACAUCGCCAUGUUUUCUUCAAGAAGCUCUGCUGACAUAUUCAUCUCCGCCAGAAGUUGUUGAGGAGGCUUGGAAAAGACGCAGAUAUGAAACAAAUCAUCAGACUUCCCAUAAACUUGUUGUGCAUUAACACAGGUGGAAGGACAUUACCUGUUCAGUUUAGUGUGUAGAUGUAAAGUAUGAAUGUGCUUUUUAUAUUUCCAAAGUGAAAUUGCCUCUUUUUUUUUUUUCCUUUGAAAGAGAGAAUGUUUUGGAAGAGAAUUGAAUUACUCAAGGAGCAAAAUACAGGAGGCGGCAACUUUGCCUAGAGUCAAACAGUUCAGUCGUGUCAAUUCUGCUUUGAACCCCAGCGUAGUGCUUACUUCCUCAAGAGGCUCUCCAGUGACUGAAUGUCAAAAAAUAUCUGACUAAUAGGAACUAUUUGCAACAGAUCCAAGUUAGUGAAAAAAAAACUCCUGAGCUAUUUCAGUUCUGGCAUCCAUUCCUGACGUUUGGAUGUCAUUAGUGGCUCUACAUGUCCUGGUUGCGCUUCACAAACAUUUCCCCCCCCCCGCACGUACCUACGUGGUCUUGCUGUACUCCUAGACUUACCCUUUCUUUCACAAGGGUUUUGACGAGUCACUUAUGUGUGUACAUAUAGUAUCUAUAUAUAGCAAACAUCAUAUCAUAAGGCUUUAUUUUUUGAAUUUCAGAUACUUUUAUUUUGUCAUGUUUUGUUUGUUUUGGUCAUACUUGCCUUGGCAUGUCUCGUGAUCCCGUUUAUUCUGGCCAUACUGUAAAAAAAAAAAAAAAAAAAAAUCACGUAUGUGUUGUAGAUAAACCAACUGACAAAACAAAGAAAAGAAGACGAGUGAAAGAUGGUAGAGAUUGUGAAUAUGAAUUUAUUUUAUGGUCCUUUUUAGGAGAGCUAGCUCUAGAGGAGGAGAUGUGAACCGUAAGUGUCUAUCUAUGCAUUCUUUUAGCUCCGAGGAAGAUUUGAGAGAGAGAGAGAGAAAAAAAAAAAAGACACAUUGCCUUGCAUGUCCUGGGACAAUUUAAGAAGAAAAACUGUACUGAACAGAAAUGAUAUUUUUUAUUUUAUUUAUUCUAUUUUAUAUCGGUAUAUACUGGUUUCAUUGUGAUGUAUCAUAAGCUUCGACAUUCUUUACUCUGUAUUGAACAACAAAUCAAACAAAUGACAAAUUCAAACCACAGUACGGUUACUCUGGAGAGCUGUUUAUCUCAGACGCUGACUGCCGUAACACUUUGAAAGGCUUUGUAGGAUCUCUACAUUCUGCCCAAACCAACAGUAGAUGUAGGUAAGCUUCGGUCUGCUUCAGAAUGCACUACAUGGACAACAGUAUGUUAAACCUAACAAGUAUUAUCAGUAGCAACCGGUGCAUGAGAUCAACCUCAAACUACUUCAUUCUGAGAUUUUAACUUGAGAUUCAGCGUUACCCAAUGCGGGGUCUCAAAACACAUUUUUAAAAGUUUUAACAAGAUGUUUUUUUGUUUUUUUUUUAAAGUCUCGUGACACAACUUUUUAACGCGAUGCUGUUUAAAAAUGCGGCGCCCGAUGUAGGGUCUCGAAACUUUAAACCGAUUUAUUUUAAAAACAACAAGACAUCAAUCUAUAACGCAUAACACAUUUACGAUGGCAAACCAUUAAAAAGCCGUGCAGUGAAACAAAUUCUUGGCAAAUUAGGACACAGCCGAAAGUGAUGCAUCAGCAAAAGGUGUCAAUGUUUUGUGUUGUAGUACACAUACAUUUGGUCAUUUAGGGUAUGUUGCGUUCCAGGAUGAUCACAGUCAGAUUUUUCACAAAGAUUUGAAUUUGUAUUUGUUUGGGCAGUAUGUAGAUGUUUAGCUAGCAUUGAGUAGUGUAUCCUGAAGACACAAGGCCUCCGCUUUCACCCUGCAGGUAAUCAGAGUGUUGAAAUGACCUGACACAAAUCAAUCCGCCUGUGUACUGCACUCCCGCGCUCCCCCCUCUUAUUAUCUCUUCUGCAGUUUUGAAGAAUCGCAUGUUGGUUUUUUGUUUCGUUUUUGUUUUUCUCAUGAGAAUUUCACUUAUACUGUUUUCCGUUGGAUUAUUUUUGGAUUCCCUCCUUUUUGGGCGAGGGGUUUCACAGUGAAUAAGAUUCAGUCACAUCUUAUGUUUCAAAAUGAAUUCAGUGGCAACCGGCAAAGUCAGCUGUUACAUGCAAAACCCGAAAGAGGGAGGAGGAUUAUGGUUAGUGUAGUCCAGUACAAUAAUUCAGCGUAGAAUCAUCAUUCUCUCGUUAGCCAAGAAUAGUGUGUUUGACUCUAGUGUUCUUGCAUGGUGAAUCACUCUGAUCGCCGAUUAUCAGAGGAAAUCUCAUCACGAGGAUUAACAAGCUAAGAAUUAACACUACUGGCGAAAUACACUCAAACACACGUUUUUGUGGAAACGUUGGCUUUCUCUGCUCUACACUAAUUUGUACACCAUAUAAAUGUAAACUGUUGUGAAAAUAAAUGGCAUAUCACAAAAUACA